AUGAGGAGUUCUAGCGACUUUAAUGCGUCGUUGCGUCAAUCUCGGAGUCCUAGUAGUACAACACGUGUGAAUCGAGGUCCGUAUCAAGGAAUGAGUAUCAAUGUGUCUUCGGCUUGGAGUUCACCAUCCAGUAGUGCACGUUCGUCGCCUCUAAGUACUUCGUCGCCGAGUAAUACACGUCGACAGCAGCACUACAGUUCACCAGCAGCAGGAGGAUACCUCCAACGAACAGCGAUAUCCAACGCCUACAACUCUGGAACUGCCCGUAGUGAAGAUGGCGAGACGGCGUCGACAACUUCGGAGGGAUUUCUCGAGCGACCGUCGUCUCCAGCCCAUAGUACACACAGUAUUUCGAGUAGUUCGAGUCGAUUCGGAGAACGUGGCAGCAAUUUCAAGGUGGUGAUUCGUGUUCGACCGCCGUUGCCACGUGAACUUCACGGGGAUCGACCGUUCCAGAACGUCAUCAACGUGGAUCAACACGGUCAUGUGUUGACUGUAUCGGAGAACCUCAGUGCAUUGAGCAGUAGUGGAAGCGUUGACAGUGAUUCCAGUACACCAGGAGCGUACGGUAGUCACGUGUUCUCGUUCGAUCAUGUGUACGACCAACAAUGUACACAGAGUACAGUGUACGAGAACACGGCCAAGGCAGUAGUGGAGUCCUCACUCGAAGGAUACAACGCCACCAUCUUUGCCUACGGACAGACUGGAACAGGAAAAACGUACACGAUGGAAGGCUUUAACAGCGGCUCCGGUAGUGUCGAAGAGCGUGGCAUCAUCCCACGUGCUAUCGAGCAGAUUUUCUGCCACAUUCAAGCAAAUGUGUCCGCACGCUGUCGUUUUCUCGUACGUGCAUCGUAUCUGCAGAUAUACAACGAAUCCAUCUCGGAUUUAUUGAAACCCGAACGAUCCAACUUGACUAUCCGAGAAGACCGACGUCGUGGUGUUUUUGUUGAGGGUUUAUCUGAAUGGGUUGUACGAUCACCAGAAGAAAUCUACGGACUCAUGGAACGCGGUGGGGCCAUGCGAGCUACUGGUAGUACAAAGAUGAACGAGUUGUCAUCUCGUAGCCACGCUGUGUUCAUCAUUAUCGCCGAGCAGAGUAAAACAACGUAUGUGGACUCCAAAGGCAAUGAUGUAGCACCGGAAGAGUUCAUGGCGCUUGUUAACGCUUAUCAAGCGCGUCACGGUAACACCCCUACUAACGGGAAAGCUCCUAACGGAGCGAAUGGCAACGCAGCAGCGUUGCAUCCGAAGCUAGAAGCGAUGGUUCGGCAGAGUUUCAAGGUUGGUAAGCUAAAUCUAGUGGAUCUUGCUGGCUCAGAACGUGUGAGACUGUCUGGUGCUACUGGCCAACGACUAGAGGAGAGUAAGAAGAUCAAUCAGUCCCUUUCAGCACUGGGAAAUGUCAUCUCGGCUCUCACCGAUGCACGCGGACGUCAACAUAUUCCGUAUCGUGAUAGUAAACUCACUCGUAUCCUUGAGGAUUCGUUAGGUGGCAACUGCAAGACCACGAUGAUGGCCAUGGUAUCUCCUGCAUUGGAAGCCAUGACCGAGUCGCUUUCUACCCUUAAGUUCGCAAACCGAGCUAAACACAUCAAGAACGAGGCACGAGUUAAUGAAGAUUUGGAUCAGAAAUCAUUACUCCGGAAGUAUGAGCGAGAACUUAAGCGAUUGCGAGCAGAACUGGAAGAGCGUUCUCGAAAUGUUGUGGAUAAACGUCGACUACUUGAGUUGGAUGAACAACGGCGACGUGCUGAAGAAGACAAGAUGGCAGCGAUUCGCGCUCUGGAGGAACGUUCUCGGGAGUUUAUGCGCGAGAAAGAAGAGAAGAAGCGUCUUGAACAGCGGAUUUCAGCGCUGACUUCUCAAAUGCUGAUGAGUAACCAGAGACGACUAACACCUACUAGUCUUAGUGGUGACGGAGAGACCCUUAAUGUUGAGGAUCCGUUGAUACGAGAUGCUCUUAAAGAGCAUCAGGAUCGGAUUCGACAGGAAUAUGAAUGUCGUCUAGCUGAUCUCGAGAAGGAGCGAGAGACGAUUGAAGAAGAGAAGGCGCAAGUGGAUCGCUACAAGCAGUUGUUACUCAAACAACGAGACAUUAUGAUUGCUUUGACUCAAAGACUAAACGAACGUGACGAGCAGAUCACUGCAUUGCAAGAUGAACUAGAUGCGUAUGAUCGUCACCAGAAGGAGCUGGAAGAGAAGCUUGAUGAGAAGACAGCACACCUCAUUCACUUGCAACGUGUAGCGAUGGAACACAACGCGAGUUCCCCUGGUAAAACUGAUGCCGAGUUACUUAAGGCACUUGGAGACUGGGGUGGUGGUGCAACUCAAGCGAAGAUGGCACCAACAGUUGUUUCUGCGGUCUCUGAGCCUCCUGCUGAGCUUCUUAUCACACACAAACAGUUCCGACCUCAUCCAGUUGAUCCAGUUAUCAUAAACGACAACAACUACAGCAACAAUACCGGAAAUGGUCUGUUAUCUGCCGAGGAGAAGAUUAAAGAACUACGCGCGUUGGUUGAUGCACAAACUGCGGAGCAUCAACGGAUGGCCAAAGAACUGGAAGAUGUCAAAUCUGAAAAGGUAUCAGUUGAGUUCCAGAUGCGUGAGAAGCUCGAAAAACUCGUUCAAGUGGAGCUCGAAGCGCGUACUAAAGACCUUAACCGCUCUGAUAAUAGGGACAAGCAACAACUCGCGAAUCUGCAAAGACAAUUAGAAAAAAUGAUGCUAGAGAACCAACAGCUACAGACUCGAACUGUUACUGACGACCAGACGCAACUACAAGCGCGAUGCGAGACGUUAGUGAAGGAAAGACGCGCAGUGCAGACCAUCAUGGAGCACAAGAUCAAGGCUCUCGUCACAGCUAUCGGGGAAGCGUCUGAUGCCACGCUUCAGACUGCAGGAGGGGCUGAUAAACUAGGGGAGCCUGCGAAAUGGCUGGCACGAGAGAUCAACGCACUUCAGAGACUUGUUAACGCUUCAAUCGUUGCUCUACGCAACGCUGACGCUGGAAACGGAAAACCCACAAAGGAGUCGAGUAGCAGCCAACCUACGCCUACGACGGCACCCGCCGGUAUCAGUAGUAAUCGUGAAAAAACUGAUGCAUCCAGGACGAUGGUUUCGUCGAUAUCUGGUGCCCAACCUACGAACUUGUCAGUGGACGAACUUAUAGACCAGAGGAGAGCGCAACUGCAACAGCAACGCGAGCGAUACCCCAGUAUAUAA